CAAGAGGAGCAGCGCCCGGGAGCCAGCAGACACACACUGAUACGCAGCAGCAGCGACCGUCGGAGGAGCGGGGGGAGCGAGUGAACACAACGCGGAGCACGACUUUGUGGAAGUGCGAUUUCUGUCGAAUGAAUACGUUCACGGUGUUUGACGAGACCAAUGCAGGCGACAUAUUGGCUGUAGCCGCGCCGCGCAGACCAGCAGCCUGGUAGCCACACACAGUGAAGUGGUGCAAAGGGAGGAGGACAGCUAAUAACGGAGUUACCUGGAGGGUGUCCGUCAAUCCACAUUUCAGUUGGAGUGAGAGAAAAGAGCACGGCGGGAGAGAGAGAAAGCAGAAGAGGAGUGCGUGUCGCGUCUGCUCUUGGCAGCUGUUCCAGCAGCCUGUUUCAUCCUUUCGGCUGAAAUUUCAUUUUUGAUGAAUCAGUUCAUAUUUUUAACUUUAAUGUGAGAUAUCACUGCUGUAGUAAAACAAAAAAAGGAAGGAAGAAAAUAUUAUUAAUAGCAAGUGUUUUUAUUUUGUUCCAUCAUUGUUUUCCGAGGUUCUUUUUGUUUCUUUUUUUUUAUGUUCAACAACCUUUUUCGGCUGUGCGUAGCAGGAGCUUCCAUUCUCCAAACUAUUGUCGAAACCCCUUCCUUACUUAGUUAGGACCUGAUAACCUGGUAUUCCUCAAGCACCUGAAACUGGCAGCUAUUCUCUUUGUGUCUGUGUGUUUGGGGAGCUCUGUGACCACAGCUUAAGCACCACUCAGCCUUCUUGUCACCUAAGCCUAACUAAAGCCAGCCAGCUCUAGCCUGGUCCAGCCCAGUCCAGCCUGGUCCGAUCACUUGGACAGGAUACUCAGUUCUGUGUCGACGUGAGGAAUAUGACUGCUGAGACUCUUAACUUCGGCCCAGAAUGGCUCCGUGCACUGUCCAGUGGGGGGAGUGUGACGUCCCCCCCUCCUUCCCCCGCCAUGCCAAAGUACAAGCUGGCCGAUUACCGCUACGGCCGAGAGGAGAUGUUAGCACUUUAUAUCAAAGACAACAAGGUCCCAGAAGACUUGCAGGAUAAGGAGUUUGCUGCUAUUCUGCAGGAUGAGCCCAUGCAGCCACUGGCACUGGUGCCUCUCACUGAGGAGGAGCAGAGGAACUUCUCCAUGUCUGUGAACAGUGUGGCAGUGCUGAGGCUCAUGGGAAAAGGGGUCAGCGCAGCUGCCCCAGCUGGAGUGGUCCGAGGACGAGGGACCGCACGAGGCGGUCGAGGACGAGGUCGUGGUGAAGGUGCAUUCUACCAAAGAAGUAUUGAGGAAGUGGAGGUGGGUUUUGGCCACCCUGGGCGAGAGAUACACCGCAGCCAGAGCUGGGAUGACAGGGGUGAGCGUCGUUUUGAGAAGCCGCUGCGACGGGAAGUGGGGCGUCCUGGCUUUGAAGAGGUUGUAGUCCCUGUGGUUCCAGGGAGGAAGGACUUCACAAGGGCUGACAGCGAUAACUGGCGCACCCUCCGAGAGGAGCAGGAGGAGGAGGAGGGGGGGGCAGGGGCGGAGCCAGGCACCAACUGGAGACUUGCUCUAUCCCGCAGAGAUGCAUCAUCAGUAUCUGUUCUGUCAGAUGGCUGUCCUCGCUCAGCAGGCUGGCGGGAACACCCCGGCCCAGGCGAGAGUCGUCGUCGGAAGUUUGAUUUCGACUUCCGGGAAUCUGACGGCCGUGGUGGUGGUGGUGGUCGCCGGCGUGCGGGCAGUGAGGGACUAGAGGACGACAGGGACGGCCUGCCUGAGUGGUGUACAGAUGAGGAAGAUGGGGAGAUGGGCACGUUUGACUCCUCUGGAGCCUUCAUGCCUUUGAAGAAGGGUGGCAAGGACAUGUUCCUGGACGAUGAGUUUGACUUUAAGGGGAUAGAGGAGGAGGAAGAGGAGGAAGAGGAGGAGGAGCGUUUCACUGAGAACGAGAGGAACAGCCCUGAAGGACACAACGAUAAUAAAGAAACUGGCUCUGCUGUGGUUGAUGGUGAGGCAAAGCCAGCGUCACCCGCCUCUUCUCCUCCAACACACUGUGCCCCUCCAUCCCUGGAGCCUCAACCCAGCAACGCAUGCACAGUUGUGGAUAACACUCAGCUGAGCAACAGCCACCCUGUCAAGAGCAACAGCACGCAUCGUGAAGACUUUGCUCCGGUUGGAUUUUCCAAGGCCCGAUUGAGCUCCAGCACCACCUCCCACAUUCUGCCUCCCCCACCCUCUUCCUCUGCUGCUCCUCUCCUCCCUCCAUCUGGAGGAGACAAUGAGGAUGAUGAGGGCAUGAAGCACCUGCAGCAGGAGGCAGAGAAGAUGGUGGCAUCACUACAGGACACCUCACUGGAGGAGGAGUGUUUCACCCAGGCUCUGCAGCAGCACGACAGCAGGAACACUGCAGCCGCUCUACCACUGUCUCAUGAAGCCGCUAUGAAGUGGUUCUACAAGGACCCACAGGGAGAAAUCCAGGGUCCUUUCACCACAGUGGAGAUGUGCGAGUGGUUCCAGGCUGGCUACUUCACCAUGACCCUGCUGGUGAAGCGGGGUUGUGAUGAGGGAUUUCAGCCCCUGGGGGACGUGAUCAAAAUGUGGGGCCGCGUACCCUUCGCCCCAGGGCCCUCUCCACCGCCCCUGUUGGUGAGACAGCCACCACCAACGCAGCGCUCGCAGACCAACCGGGGGACCUCUGGGACUGGCGACCAGGAGCGGCUGAAGAAGCAACAGGAGCUGGCGGCAGCAGCUCUUUAUCAGCAGCUCCAACAGCAGCAGCUAUUCCAGCUCAUUAACAGGUGCAGUGAGCAGGGUAUGAUGCCUUCGAUGAACAGAUCGAUGUCAGUGCCAGAUACAGGGUCCAUGUGGGACAUGCAUACCUCAGCUUCACAGCCAUCCGGCGGUGAAGCCAGUCUUUGGGACUUAACAAUGAAUCCUACUACUCAGGGUCCAACUCUCGAACAGCUUCAAAAGCUCCAGCAAGAGAGGCGAGACGCUGAACUCAGGGUGAAGCGUGAGGAGGAGGAGCAGCGUAAGAGGAGAGAAGAGAAGAGGAGGCUACAAGAGGAACAGAAGAGGAGGGAGGAAGAGGAGCUAUACAGACGCAAGCAGUGUCGUCAGCAGCAGGAACUGAUCAUGAAGUUGCUGCAGCAGACCCCCCAGCAGCAGGGUCCAGGGGCAGGCAGCUCGGGCUGGAGUGGGGGUCCCUCCUCUGGCCUCACCAAAGCAGUUAAAACCCCAGCUAUGGCUCUGAUGGAAAUGCAGCAGGAGGCAGAGAGGCUUCUGAAGCAGCAGCAGCAGCAGAGAGCCCAGCAGCAGAGAGAGCGCCACUCCGGCAUGUCAAUGGGGAGCUCCUCCAUGGGAGGUCAGUGGGCUGAUGGUGUUGGCAUGUGGGGUGGGCCUGGAGGUAUGGAGGGUAAAAGCAGCAGUGGAAGCUCCUCAGGCAGCAUGGGCAUGUGGGACGAGGCUGUGAAGAACCAGGCCAGCCUGCGUGGCAACAGCAACAACAACAUGGGCUUGAAGAACAGCCGCAGCAGCCCGUCACUCACUGAUCAGUACAUGAUGCGCCGUAAGCGGACAGAGGAGGAGGAUAAGCUGCUGAAGCUGCUGCAGGGCAUGAAGCCCCAGGACGGCUUCACCACCUGGUGUGAACAGAUGCUGCAUGCUCUCAACACCUCUGCCAACAACUCCACCUCCUCUUUGGAUGUCGCCACAAUUGUGGCAUACCUGAAGGAGGUGGAGUCACCCUAUGCAGUGCUGGACUUCAUCCGGUCCUACCUAGGGGACACAGUGGAAGCCAAAGAGUUCGCCAAACAGUUUCUGGAGCGACGUGCCAAACAGAAAGCCAACCAACAGAGACAGCAGCAGCAGCAGUUAUCAAAGGAAGUGGCUGGAUUGAACAUGAACUUCCCUCUGCAGGACUCAAUGCGAGGUAUGAACCCAAGCACCCUGCAGUCAAUGUUUCAAACCAACCACAUGGGCAAGGCUGGUCUCUACGACAACCAGGGGGGGAAGAUGAAAAAGAAACAGCCCAUGAUGCUGCACUCUGACCCCAGCAUCUUAGGGUACUCAUACCACAACGCGGGCGAGUGUCUGAGCCUGAACGAGAUGGAGAUGGUGGAGGAUUACUGAUGUGACGCAGCAAUAGCUACCUGAGGCCUUCUGUCUUUUAAUCAGACAAACCUGAUGACGAAUGUGCACUGCUGGGGGAAACAAGGGGUGGGGGUAGGGAGGGAGC